CCCUCUCCUCUCCCGUUCUCUCCUCGAUUGCCUCGAUUGUCUCCAUUGUCUCAAUUGCUUCACAACUCUCUCCCGCCCGAAAUGUCCGCCAGACCCGUUGCUAAGGCUCUCCGUGGCCCUGCCACCCGAUCCCUAUCCUCUGCCUCCAGCAUCUCUCGCCGUUCGUUUGUCUCCGCUGCUGUCUCCUCCUCCUCCCGUCCCGCUGCCGCUGCUGCUGUCAGAUCUGCUCUCUGGACUGCUCCCUCGGCCCAACAGACCCGGGGAGUCAAGACCAUUGACUUUGCUGGCACCAAGGAGACUGUCUACGAACGUGCGGAUUGGCCCCGCGAAAAACUCCUUGAAUACUUCAAAAAUGACACCCUAGCCCUCAUUGGCUACGGCUCCCAGGGCCACGGCCAGGGCCUCAACCUGCGAGACAAUGGCCUCAACGUGAUCGUCGGCGUGCGAAAGGACGGUGCUUCGUGGAAGGAGGCUGUCGCUGACGGCUGGGUGCCGGGCAAAAACUUGUUCGAUGUCACUGAUGCCAUCAAACGCGGCACUAUCGUCAUGAACCUCCUCAGCGAUGCCGCCCAGAGCGAGACGUGGCCCACCAUCAAGCCCCUGAUCACUAAGGGAAAGACCCUCUACUUCUCCCACGGCUUCUCCCCCGUCUUCAAGGACCUCACCAAGGUCGAUGUCCCCAAAGACGUGGACGUCAUCCUUGUCGCCCCCAAGGGCUCAGGCCGCACUGUCCGUUCACUCUUCCGCGAGGGCCGUGGCAUUAACUCUUCCAUCGCCGUCUUCCAAGACGUCACCGGCAAAGCCGAGGAGAAGGCAAUAGCCCUUGGCGUUGCCGUCGGCAGCGGCUAUCUGUACAAGACUACCUUCGAAAAGGAAGUCUACUCAGAUCUCUACGGCGAGCGUGGGUGCCUCAUGGGCGGUAUCCACGGCAUGUUCCUCGCCCAGUACGAGGUCCUGCGCGAGCGUGGCCACAGCCCCAGCGAGGCUUUCAACGAGACCGUUGAAGAGGCGACGCAGAGCUUGUACCCGCUCAUCGGCGCCAAUGGCAUGGACUGGAUGUAUGCAGCGUGUUCGACGACGGCACGCCGCGGUGCCAUUGACUGGAGCAGCAAGUUCAAGGACACCCUGAAGCCCGUGUUCAACGAGCUGUAUGACAGCGUCAAAGAUGGGCGGGAGACAAAACGCAGCCUGGAGUAUAACUCGCAACCGGACUAUCGGGAGAAGUACGAGAACGAGAUGCAGGAGAUUCGGGAUUUGGAGAUCUGGCGAGCUGGAAAGGCCGUCCGUUCCCUCCGCCCGGAGAACCAGAAAUAAACAAACGAAAGGGUGUGUUGUAAAAAAUCUUAUGGAUAGAUGUGUGUCUUUUGUUUAUCUGGGCAACGAUAAAAAACUAUGGUGUAUUUCUGUCAUGUCUUCUGGAUUGCAUUUCAAAUGUGUUUUGAUACUUGGGGUAAACAAGACUGAGACCUCACAAGAUUGCUUCACGCAUCCGCCAAUUCGUCUUUUUUCUUUUUCCUUUUCCUUUUCCGCUUUAAAAUCAAUAACAUUCUAAUCUUCCCACUACGCUUCAUAUGUCUGGUUAUUCGCGACCUUCUCGCGUUUCUAUUUGCCACUCUCUGUAUUCCAUUCUUAUCAUGCUCGAUGUAUGUUUCCCUUAGAUCACUCGUGUCUUUGUUUACUCUGACUGUGCUGAUGGUGGGAGGCCUACAAGUGCAAACCCUCGACUGUUAGAUGGCCCAUAAUUCGCGGGGCGUAUAGUAUUGUAGUCAGUUAGUAUAUCACUUGAGCCAGUGAUUGAUGUCC